GUGUGUGUGUGUGUGUGACGGCGAGCAGUGAAACAACCACUGUGUUGCAUGCGGCUGCUUCGUCCUAUGACUCCAACACUUACACAUUUGUCAGAAGAAUGGAUACAGACGACGACCUGGAUGAAGACGACCUUCUGGACUACGACGUCCAGCUGAGCAUCCAGGAGUCGUGUCAGAGAGAAGAUCUUAAGGGGACAGGGAGGAGUGAAGCUCUGAAGCUCGUGGGGGCCAUCAAACAAGGCGACAUGUUUUCACUGCAGAAGCUCUGUGAUUUCCCAGCAGCCUUCAGUCAGGUGGACGAGCACGGCUGGUAUCCUCUGCACAGGGCGGCGGUCCAACCUCUGGUUCUGGUCCUGGAGACGGUGUUGUACGCGUCUUUCAGCCUGACUCUGGAAGAAAAGACCUCGGAGGGGGACACCGUCCUGACUCUAGCAGUGAAAGCUGGUUUGGUGGACAACGUGCAGAUGCUGUUGAACCACGGAGCUUCUCCUCACACGACCAACAACAAGAACGAAUCCCCUCUGCUGCUAGCAGUCCGAGCCAGAUCCCAUCAGAUGGUUUCCAGUCUUAUAAGUGGAGGAGCUCAGGUGGAGCAGGUGUGUCUGAAAAAGUGGACGGCCAUGCACGAGGCCUCCCGGGCCGGCUGUGUCGGUGUCAUGGAGCUCCUGUUGCAGCACGGGGGUCAGGUGUCAGAGGCGGACCAGUUUGGAGUGACUCCUCUUGGCAUCGCUGCGGAGUACAGCCACUCUGAAGUCCUGGAGCUCCUCGUUAAACACGGUGCCGAUGUCAACGCCCAGGCGCCAAAUGGCGAUAGCGUCUUGUACGACGCUGCCGGGUCGGGGAACCCAGACUGCAUCGACAUCCUGCUUCAGCACGGAGCAAACCCCAACAUCCACAACCUGAGCUGCCAGCUGCCCAUCCACCACGCCGCGUACGAAGGACACUACCUAGCUUUAAGGAUUUUGAUCCCGAUCACCACCAGACGGGCCCUACGGCUGUCCGGCUGCAGCCCGGUCCACUCAGCCGCCGACGGGGGCCACGCUCCCUGCCUGGAGCUCCUGCUGCAGAAAGGCUUCGACGUCAACGCGCUGUUGGCGCCUCACAUCUCCGACAACUACGGAGACCUGAGGAGAAGCCCGCUGUACUUCGCCGUCUCCAACGGGGACGCCACCUGCACUGAGGUUCUGCUGAAUGUAUACAAGUCCCUGUCUGAGUCAAACGGAUGUGGUUUUGUCGUCCAGUUCUGUGACUUCGUCACGGUCUCCUGGCUGGUGAACCUGGCGGGCCGAGUGGUGUCGAUCCUCCUCGAGUACGUCGGUCAAGUUUCCCUCUGCGGCAAACUGAAAAAGAUCUUGGAGAACCACAGGGAGUGGCCUCACCUUCACAGGACUACAUGUAACCCCCGCUCUCUGGCUCACCUGAGCAGAGUGGUGAUCAGGAAACACCUGAGCUGCGGCGUGCUGAUGUCCGUCCAGCUGCCCACGAGGCUGAAGGACUACCUGCUGUUCAAAGAGAACGACCUGUACGCCAAAGUCAUCUGCAGGGAGGACUGAGGGAACGAGGACACCUGUCUUAUAGUACAGAGUCCUAAAUGUCGGGAAUGAGGUGUGGUUUUUGUAACGGGGGCCUGGAUUUAUCAAA